CCGGGAGGGCAGCGGGGGGCAGCGGGGAGGCGGCGCGGGCCCCUCCGCGCCCCACGAGUUCCCCGCGGCUGUGGGGAGCGGGAGGCGGCGGGUCCCCGGGAGCCGGUUGGGCCCCGGGAGCCGGUUGGGCCCCGGGAGCCGGUUCCCGGUCCCCCGGAGCUCCCUCCCGCGGCGGGCGCCCCGUCCCCGGCGGCAGCGGCGGCAGCGAUGGAGGUGCAGUCGUACUACAGCAAGCUGCUGGGAGAGCUGAACGAGCAGCGCAAGCGGGACUUCUUCUGCGACUGCAGCAUCAUCGUGGAAGGGAGGAUCUUCAAAGCGCACAAAAACAUCUUGUUCGCCAACAGCGGCUAUUUCCGAGCCCUGCUCAUCCACUACAUCCAGGACAGCGGGCGGCACAGCACCGCCUCGCUGGACAUCGUCACCUCGGAAGCCUUCUCCAUCAUCCUGGACUUCCUUUACUCCGGGAAGCUGGAUCUCUGCGGGGAGAACGUGAUCGAGGUGAUGUCUGCAGCCAGCUAUCUGCAGAUGACCGACGUGGUCAACUUCUGCAAGACCUACAUAAGGUCGUCGUUGGAUAUUUGCAGGAAAAUCGAGAGGGAGGCGGCUUUCUAUCAGGCUGACAGCGGGAGUGCCGGCUCCGCGAGGGAGGGCACCUCCUGCAGCUCCAGGAGCUCGGCCCCUGCCUCUUCCCUGCAGGAAAAGGAGAGGAUCUCGGGCUGCCAGAGGGAUGCUCCCUGCGGGGAGUGCAGUGGCUGCCACCCCCUGCAGCUCGUGGUCCGGGACCCUGGCAGCAGUGACUCCCCAGACGACGUCAAUUCUUCGCUGCCCAAGGUGGUGGAGCCCAAAGUGGAGUUUGACUCGGAUGAAGUGGAGGUGGAGGUGGGCGAGCGGCUGCCGCAGUUUCCCACCCCCCUGUCCCUGGAGCAGGUGGAAGAGGGGCUGCACGGCGGGCAGGCCGUGGACCUGGCCUGCAACAAUUACCACAUGAAACAAUUCCUCGAGGCCCUGUUGCGCAACAGCUCGGCUCAGAGAAAGGAUGAUGUGGUUCAUCACUUUGUCCGGGGCUUUGAGGGUAGGCCAGAGGAUGCAGGGGUAGCCAUGAGUUCCAUGAUGGACAUUCACAGCGACUGGUAUGGUGAGGACACAGGUGAUGUGUUAGUUGUGCCCAUCAAGCUUCACAAGUGUCCGUUCUGCCCCUACACGGCCAAGCAGAAGGGGAUUCUCAAGCGGCACAUCCGCUCCCACACCGGGGAGAGGCCCUAUCCCUGCGAGACCUGCGGGAAGCGCUUCACGCGGCAGGAGCACCUUCGGAGUCACGCUCUGAGUGUGCAUCGAUCAAACAAGCCAAUCAUCUGUAAAGGCUGCAGGAGAACAUUCACCAGCAGCUUCUCCCAAGGGUUACGACGCUUUGGUUUGUGUGACAGCUGCACCUGUGUGACCACCACGCACGAGGACUCGAUGCCCAUCAACCUCAGCCUGAUGGAGCCUUCAUCAGAGGGCCAAGAGAAGGGGGAUGCUGAUAAUGAUUGGCCCAUCUAUGUGGAGUCUGGAGAGGAAAACGAUCCUGCUGAUGAUGAGGAUGGUGACGACAAACAGGAAAUCCACAGGAGUUUAUCAGACCGAGAAACACUGAUGUAGCAGUGGAGGAGAAUGGGAGGAUUGAAAGUGUCUCCCUGGCAGUGAUUGGUCUGCAACAGACAAGUGCAUAUCUGCCCAGUUAGUGAGGCUGUGCUGGGUUUUAUUAUUCCAUUUUGUUUAAUAGAAGAGUGGGGAGAAUUGGAAUUUUUAAUACUUUUACAUUUUCAGUGCUGUGCACCAGGAAUCUGUGAAGAAUCUUCUGACUGGGGUUUACAGAGGUUGUGCUUGAGCAAUUCCCAGUGGUGUCUCUGCCUCCUAGUUUUGAUGUAGCAGGUGGAACAUCUCUGUUUUGUUUCAAGAGCAGGUUUCUUCAAAUAAUGCACUCAGAGUCCUUAAUCCCUGAUCUGAAAGGGGCACCAUCUCCUCUCUGAAGAUUACAUCAACAGAAAUGUAGUUUUCAUCCAUUACCUUGGACUUUUCUAGCCUAAGCUGUGAUCCUUCUGUAAUAGGACAGUAUUAUCUAAAUUGUAAACCUCAAGUGUUGGCUUAGACUGGAUUUGACCUGGAAACCAGGGUAACAAAAUAUGCUGGUGCUGAAAGCACAGACAGCAAGAACAAAUACACAACUGCAGGUAUCUAGAGAAUGAGCUUCUCCUUCUGGAUUUUUACUGCAUCUUCCUCUCUCAAGAGCUCAGACUACAGAUCUUCAGAUGUGUCUUUGUGGGGAACUGUUCUUUUCUUCCCCACAUAAGUCUAAACAAAAUGUCAUUCAGACAUUCAGUAGUGUUGGCUUAAGAAACAUGAAGCACAGAUCAUGGUGCAGUGUCCUGGUCUCAGUUCAGACCAAGGAAACUGCCCAGUUCUCUUCAACUUUUUGCAGCAGAAGUUCAAAGCUGCCCAUCAGGUUACUUGGGAGUUCUGACUCUGGCAGAUUAAGUAGCCAGACUGAUUUAGCUGAGGAGCAGUUAAACACCAAUCUCUGAGCUAUGCAAUAAAAGAGCUCUGAACACCCUUUUUGAAGCAAUUGGGUAGGAAAUCUCAGCAAUUUUUACUAGCCUGGUCGUGUACAAGUCCUUUUCUUUUCUCUUUUACUGUCGUUUCUUCUAGUCUUUGGUGAUCCUUCUCAUGACUUAUGUUGGUAUGUGAAUUUAUCCAAGUACUGUUUUGUUUUUUAAACUUCAGCAUGGACCUCAUGUUCCUUUGCUGGGACAGAUCAAUGUUGGCUUUCAAAGGAGGUGAAAUUUUCUUUCACUUUCCCAGUGCCAAGCUGACCCAAGCUAUCAAAAAGCAAACUGGGAACCUUUAGAAGAAAACACACCAUCAGCAGAAAGCCUGUUUGUUUAUGGGUCACCUGCUGUUUCCUAAUGAAGAGACAAAACUGGAAUAUACUGUGAAAUGAGACUUGUUAGUUCUUCUUCACUAUGUUGUUCAUCUGUGGUUCGUGAAAAGACAAAUUAUGGAUGAGUCUUUCUAGCUGGAGAAAGUGCUGUAUCAGGAGCCUGUAGACAGAUGUGGCUGACAAAGGAUGAGCAGUUCCUCCCACCUGACAGGAUGGUGCUUCUGGGGGUUCUUGGUAUAAAGACUUUCCACCUGGUGAACAUUAGAUGGAACUUAAAAAGCAAAGAACCCUCUCAUUGAACCAGGGUUUUUUUUACGUACCUUGGGCUUUUAUUUUACAUAUUGAAAAAGAACAAUUCAUCUUCUCUGUCUGCUUCAUCCUCCAGUGGAGCAGUGGUCCUGUAGUCUCUCUGGUCCAAGUUCUUGGACCUUCUCAAGAAGAUGCUGGCAUUAUCUGCUGUGUUUAUUUUCUGUAACUUCAGCUGCAUAAAUUUUCAGUAGUCCCUGCUCCAGGUCAUCUGUAAAUUUGAGUUCCUAAGAGCUGAACAAAUCAUAGUGCCACACAUCACCACAGAAAAAUCUCAGUGGCACAAGAUCUCUAAAAAAUUCAGGGCUUUAUAGUCCCUUCUUCAGUCAUCUAGACGAAGAUCAUUCAAAAUUCAACUCAUGUAGAUGCCAGAUUUGGAGCUGAGCUCCUCUGAAAAUCCUGCUCUGCUUUUGGGUCCUUGGCACUUUUGAAAACCUGAGCAAAACGUGGGCUUGUAGAUCAUGGCAGGAUAUUUGAAAAUGCCACAUCCAGCCUCCCAGGCCUGGUCUGUUGGACAACAACUCCAUUUUUGUUGAGUCCAUCCAACAUCAGAGGAUAUUUUCUUUUGCAUCUGCUUAUCUGAUAAAGGAAGGACUUCUGUGUGUGAGGACACCUGAAAGAGAGUCAGGAGAGUGGUGUUUGUUAGGACAUGAACUUGCUAAGGAAAGUGGAGUAAGAAUGUAAAUAGGAAUCUGAAGUUCUAUUCAGUGACCAGGCAUCCCGAUUUCUGGUCAUUCUGGCAUGAAAAUGCCACCUCAUGGUAAAUGUUGGCAGCUGGAUGUGGAAUAUCAGCUCAGCCUGGUUCUGGCUAGUGUGCCACGAUGAAACUGUCAGAAGAUGUAGCUUCUCACACGGCUGAGCUGUGCUGAGGUGCAGGCCAGCUCACUCUGAGAGGGUGAAGACAUCCAGAGUAGGGAAAAUGAACCUGUGGGAAAGCCUGUGUGCAACAAGAGCUGCAGGCCUGCCUGCAGGCACCUCCCGUGGUUUUACUUCAACCUUUCUUUGGUCUUAGAGGUUGUUCUCGUGUGUCUUGUGCGUAGAGAAUGGAGCUGUGUUAAGGUUUGUGCAACAGGGGGUCGGGGUGGGGGGGUUUG